UCUCCCUCUCUCCUCUCUUCGAUCUUGGACACCGACUCCGAGUGAAGCCACAUCACCAUGCCCAAGGCCAAGACUACCACCAAGAAGGUUGCCCCCGCUCCCUAUGGCACCAAGCCCAAGGCUGCCAAGGCCGCCAAGAGCCCUCUCAUUGAGAAGAAGCCCCGCAGCUUCGUCAUCGGCCAGGACAUCCAGCCCGUCCGCAACCUCUCGCGCUUCGUCAAGUGGCCCGAGUACGUCCGCCUGCAGCGCCAAAAGGCCGUUCUCCGCCAGCGUCUCAAGGUCCCCCCUGCCAUCAACCAGUUCUCCAAGACUGCUGACAAGAACACUGCCACCCAGCUGUUCAAGCUCCUCAACAAGUACCGCCCCGAGACCAAGCAGGAGAAGAAGGUUCGUCUGACUGCCGCUGCCGAGGCUGCUGCCAACGGUAACAAGGUCGACCAGGGCAAGAAGCCCGUCUUUGUCAAGUACGGCAUCAACCACAUCACCGCCCUUGUCGAGUCCAAGAAGGCCUCGCUCGUUGUCAUUGCCGACGACGUCGACCCCAUUGAGAUCGUCAUCUGGCUCCCCGCCCUCUGCCGCAAGAUGGGUGUCCCGUACGCCAUCGUCAAGUCCAAGUCCAGACUCGGCACCGUCGUCCACAAGAAGACCGCCACUGCUCUGGCCAUUGUCGAUGUCCGCCCCGAGGACAAGCAGGACCUUGCCGCCGUCGUCAGCGCCGUCAAGACCAACUUCAACGACAAGUUCGAGGAUGCUCGCCGUCACUGGGGUGGUGGUAUCAUGGGAACCAAGUCCCAGCACAAGACUGCUCUCCGCCUCAAGAAGGCCGGCGAGAAGAUUGUUCCCCAGGCUCAGGACGAGUAAGCAGCGGCCCCCGCUGUGAUGUAUCUUUUGAAUAAAGAGAGCCAUCGGUAUCAUCCAACCAGCUCGCUCUGUGUUCUGUCUCAGUCCGCGUGGCAUCCUCCGUCGCGGGAUGCGUUUCCCCUGUAAAUAUAUUGUAUAACACAUCUCGA